AUGGGUUUUGUCAGGCUCCAUCAAAGUAGCCAACCCGAAAUCCGAGACCCGGGCUUCCAUAUUCUGGUCCAGAAGUAUGUUACUAGACUUGAUGUCCCUGUGAAUUAUGUGAGGGAUGCAAUCAUGGUGAAGAUACGAUAUCCCUCUCGCUGCACCAACUGCAAUCCUGUACCUGGAAUCCCAAUCCAGCACAACCCUCUGCAACUCUUCUUCUUCUCCCCCCUCCUUUGGGUGGUGCAGAAGUCCAUCCAGGCUCCCAUUGGGCAUGAGCUCGUAGAUGAGCAAGUUGUAGUGAGAGGCAGAGUAGUAGCCAUGGAGGGUGACAAUGUUUCUGUGCUUGAUAUCUCCCAUUGCCUCGAGCUCCCUCUCGAAGGUCCGGUCCCUGUCGGGGCUCCCUCUGCUGAGCCGCUUGACCGCGAAGGAAAUGGACUCGGUUAUGGACAGCUUGUAGACGGUUCCAUAGCCACCGGACCCGAUCAUGUCCUUGUUAGUUAACUUCAUGGUUUUUUUCAGGACCACUUGUGGGGUUACCUCUGGGGACUGCAUUGUCCCUGACUUGAACAUUACCACCUUCCCACCUACAAACAUACCCACACAAGAAAAUUGUCUCUCUAAGUACUAAUCCCCAUGACAUAAGAUUUACCUAUAGAGUUGUAGCUAGGCACAAAGAAAGAACCUGCCAAAUGGGGGUCUUGAUGAACAGAGUGGUGCUGCUUGU